AUGUCGUCGCGUGCCAUCAGAAAGCUGCAGAAGCUGCGCGAACAGCAGCAGCUUGAAGAAGAUCACGAUGACUCAAGCGACAAUGAAGCCCCGCGCCCCGCUAAGCCGAAGUUCAAUGCUUUCGAUCUGCUCAAUGCCGGCGAUGAUGAUGAUGAAGAGUCAGAGGAGGAGACCCCGGAGCCUGUAACGCAAACUGUGCAGCCUGAACCCGAAGCCGAACCCACAAAGCCGAAGAGCGCCAGCAAGAAGAAGAAAAAGAAGGCCAAGAAGGCCAAAGCGGCCGCAGCCACCGAAUCGGCUUCUAAGCCAUCUGACGAUGCAGAGCUGGACGAGAUCGACAGAGCUCUGAAGGCUCUGGCCACGGGGGGCCAACACUCGACCGGUGCCGAUCUGCCAGCGAACACACAACUCAGUCGAGAUGCCUCGUUCCCAAAAACCACCGAUGAGCUACUCGGCGUGGAACCGAAAUAUCUGAACGCAACCAACGAAAUGCGGCGACUAUUUGGAAAUGUAGUUUUGGAGAACUUUGACCAGCAAGAUGCAGGCUCGGGCCGUAGGCGGGAUCGCAAUCGCGAAACGGUCGACCUUGGUCAAGCUUUGACAGGAAGGUAUAGCCCGGCCAGCAGAGGCCAGAGUCUAGCGGGCGUUACAUUGCGCCGGAAUGUCCUCAUGCAAGGAAAGGACGAUUGGCCACGCGCACCCAGCGGAGGCCUGGGCAUGGAGAUUGUUGAAAAGUAUCCUCUGGGAGAUACUCUUUACAAAAUCGUGCAUAAUGCAUCCUAUCAGGAUGUACAAAAUCAAUUCGAUCUCUGCGUCGAGUCGAUGGAUCCGCAGCGGUUGAUCCAGCAUCUUCAGUAUAAUCCCUACCAUAUUUCUACUCUUCUACAAGUCUCCGAGAUCGCCAAACAUCAAGGUGAUCAUGCGGUUUCCGCUGACCUUCUGGAGAGAGCGUUGUUCAACAUCGGGCGGUCCGCCCACUCUUCAUUUAACAAUCGACUCAAGGAAGGCCAGGCCAGGCUUGACUUCAUGAAGUUCGAGAACCGAGAACUGUGGCUUGUUGGUUGGAGAUAUAUUGCCAAUUUGGGCAUGAAGGGAACAUGGAGAACUGCCUACGAAUGGGCAAAGCUUCUACUCAGCUUGAACGACUCCGAUCCCUACUGUAUCAGACUGCUGAUUGACCAUCUGGCUCUGCGUGGCCGGGAGUAUGCGCAGUUCAUUGACAUGUGCACCCAAACUCGUUUUAGCCGCGACUGGGCUGGUCUGCCGAACAUUCAGUGCUCACUGGUGAUGGCUUAUCUACGCCUAAACAGGCCCCAGGACUGCCGCCGGCAGCUCCACCACGCCAUGUCUCGUUAUCCGUGGGUGUUUAGUAGACUCGCACAGGAAUUGGAUCUUUCACACAUUCCUAAGCAGAUCUGGGGCAAAAUGCCACCAACUGGGUCUCAUGAGCUCCUCACUGAGCUCUACAUUACUCGUGCAAAGGAUUUGUGGAACACACCCGAAGCUGUGGCUCUGAUCAUGGAAGUCGCCGACACUCUUUCCGGUGAGGAGCCCAUCGAGCCACCGGAGAUCACUCUGGAUAUUGCUCGUCAUGUUGUUCUAUCCGAUAUCCCCAAGGUGACAACCCACCUACCAAAUCGCUUCGUAUCGGGCCGAAUGUCCUCUUCAGACCCUCUCCCUCCAUAUGAGUCGGACGCUUUCCGUCAGCAAUCAGAUCCAACUCCGGCAUACCUCUCCCGAAUCCCAGAAGGCGGUCGACCGCAAUGGCUCCGCGAUCUGAUGGGCCAGAUCAACGACGGGGCCAUUGCCUUCCCCCGCUUCCAAGGCGAUGACGAGGAAGGCGGUGUUGGCGAGCACGUUGAAGCCACAGAUGCGCGUGCAGAUACUCGACCCCGUGCAUUGGAUGGCGACCAGCAAGUUCUUGAGCAAUUACUCCUAGGAGAUGGAUUGGACUCUCUGCAGAUGUUUCUGCAUCAGCAUGGAGUUGAUCGGGGUAACUGGGGAGAUGUAUUGGACUAUGCUCCGCUCACGGAUUUCCUGGAGACUCUCGGAGCAAUCCAGCCAGAGGACCAUCGUCAACAGUUGCUGCAUGGCCCUAUUCAAGGUGUUAUUGGUGAAUUUGCGGUUACCAUGCUUGAGGAUGAGUUGGAGAUGAUGGAAGAAGAGGAAAUGUCGGAUAAUAGUGAUGUAUAG